AUGUAUCUGUUAGCUAUAUCAUUAAUUAUCAUCAUUGUAAAUGGUAAAAACAAUUUCUUCUCUGUUUGUAUGAGUGAUUUUGUUGCAGUCAAUAUUGAUGCACCAACAAAUAUUGAAACAAUCCGUCGUACAUUAUGUUAUGAUAAAAUUCCUGAUUAUAAAACAAAUGUCCAUGGAUAUAAUAUCAAAUCUUAUUGUUUUGUUGAUGAAAAUGACUUAUAUGUCAAAAAAGGUAAUCGUAAUAUCAGUAGAUGUGGUGAAUGGCUCCAAUUAGUGGGACCAAGUCAAAAACCUAUUGUUUGUAUGGUAGCAGGAUCAGAAAGGUUAAAUAUUUCUGGAGUUGCUGAUGAAAGUGAAUAUUCAUUCAUUGGUGUUCCAAGAAAUAUAUUUCUAACAUUAACAGGUGGAUUUGAUGAAACAUCUAAUGUUGUGACACAAAUCACAUUAUCAGAAACUAAUUUUGAUUUAAGAAUAAAUCCUACUCUCUAUUUAAUUAAUAGAAAUGAAACAACAGCAACAAUUCAAUUUACAGACUUUAAUAGAAAUCCAGAAAAGAUUUCUAUAAAUAAUAUUUUUUAUGAUAUGACUCCACAAAAUACAUUUGAAAUUCCACUUUUUGAGAAUGAUAUUAUUGUUCAUCUCAUUACUUUUGAUAAUGAAAAGAUUGAUUUUCCAAAAGUUAAUUUGAAGAAGGGAAAUAAAUAUACUAGUAUUGGUAGAUUUGUAAAUUAUGAUAUGACUGAAUGUAACUAUAUGGCUGAUAAAAAUGUUUUUUUCAGAGAUAGUAGAGAAAAUCAUGGUACAUUAUUAACAUGGCAAAUUUUACAAUGGAAUCAAGAUAAAACAGUUGUAAAAUUUGAUAAUUGUGAUCAAGAAAUUAAAUUUAUAGGAAAAACAUCAAAUUUAUCAAUGGUAUUUAUGUAUCCAACAGCAAUUAUGUUAAAUCAAGAUUUUUCUUAUUUUGAAGUAGAAUUUGAAACUUCUUCAUUAGAUUAUAAAUUUGUUGCUGCAAAUACUGGACGUUGUAAAGAUGUAUUAAAAUAUACUUUUGAUUAUUGUUCACCUACACAAGUUAAUUUACCAAUAAAAUAUUAUUUUAAUAAAGCAGAAAAAAUUAUUAAGAUGAGAAUGUCUUUAUUUGGAAUUAAUAAAAGAUUUUCUAAUAUUAUUGAAUUAAUUCAUAUGGUUCCUCAAGGAACAAUACUUAAUUUAAUUUCUGCUCAAUUAGUAAGAGAAACUAGAAUGUUAAAUCAAACAGAAUGUAGUUCUGUUUCUUUUAAUUGUUUAGGUACUGAAUGUACAAUAACUAAUCAACUAUCACAUAAAGUUCCUUUUAAUUUUAGCUGUUUACCUUCUUGUGGUGUUUGUCGUGUUGGAUUUACAUGUAAUGAUUAUGGAAAAUGUGUAGAAGAAGUUAAUUUAAAUCAAAGAAGUGAAGCUAAUGUAAUUAGUUGUUUAAUUAUUUUAUUACUACUUCAACUUCUUCUUUGA